CGCACGCGGGCAGCUUUGACAGCGCCAACCGACAAUAACACCCCGGAGCGUACCCAUUAGCACGUGCGCUCAAUGUGCGAGCCGAUUUGUUGUCGUUUCCCGGCAGUGCAGAUUUGUUUUGCUUCGGUAAGUUAAGCCUCCGGCAGGAAGUCGACCGAGAUGACGGACUGCGUAGAGAUCGCGCUGACGAGCGAUACCGCCGCCCAGCACUGGAGCUGCUGCGUCUGGGACGUGCGCACCGGCACGCAGCUGAUGACCUACCGGAACGGUGGGCCGGCCGGGCCGAACACGCUGCACCCGGUCGGCAAUCAGUGCGUGGUGGCCGGCAACCUCACCAAACCGCUGCUCACGUUCUGGCCGGUCAACCGGCAGGAGCCGUCCCACGUGAAGUACAUGCUGCCCGGGCCGCCCGGUGCGGUGGCCGUCUCGCCCGACGGCAACCACUGUCUCGUCGCACACGCGCACGCCUUCACGCUCUACAGCCUGCCCACCGGGGCCAGCCUGGCCUCGGUCGCGCACCACUACGGCAAGGUGACGGUGCUGCGGUUCACCGACGACGGGUCGCACUUUGUCAGCGCCGGCCAGGACUGUCGGGUGGUGGUGUGGAGCUUGGCCCGCACCGUCCAGCAGAAGGACGCGGGCCGGAUGCUGUACGAGCUGGCCGACUUCACGCUGCCCGUGUCGGACGUGCUGGUGGGAAAGGGCGGCCUGAAGGCGCUGCUUGCCGCCGUCUCGCUCGACCGGUCGGCCAAGCUGUACGAGCUGGGCACCGGGCGCCUCCUGCUAAGCGUCCUCUUCCCCGUCGCCCUGUCCGCGGUCGCACUGAACGCGCUCGAGUCGGAGCUGUUCGUGGGCGACCGGAAGGGGCUGGUGUACGCGUGCAAUCUGCAGUCGGUGCCGCGGUCGCGCGAGGUCCACCUGCAGCAGGACGUGCUCGAGCGGUGCGUCUUUCGGGGGCACCGGAAAGCCGUCACCUGCCUGUCCGUGUCGCUGGACAACGAAACGCUGCUGUCCGGCAGCGAGGACGAGUCCGUGAUCGUGUGGCACGUGCGGACGCGCCAGCAGCUGCGGGUGAUACCGCACCGGGCGCCCGUCACGAACGCGUUCUUUCUCGUGACGCCGCGCGCCAUGUUCGAGCAGACGCGCGACCUGCCGGUCCCGUACCCGCCGUUCCAGAAGGUGGUCAGCACGCGGCAGGAUCGCGAGCGGGCCGUCUUCCUGCUGCCGGCCCAGAAGCGCUCGCUGCGGGAGCGUUCCGAGGAGGAACCGUCGCCGGUGACCGUGGGCAGCAUCAGCAGCAGCAGCAGCAGCAGCAAGGGGACGGAGAUCGAGGUGCUGGAGCAGGAGGUGCAGCGGCUGAAGGCAAUCAAUCGGCGGCUGUACCAGCAGAGCAUCCGGGCGAUCACGAACGAGGUGGAGCCGUCAGUCGAUCACGCCGUACUGCUGGCCGACGAUGACCAGAUCCGGGUAGAUGAAGGACACGCACUGGACCGCGCCACCGUCCGGGUCGCGGAUCGUCCGGAUCACCUUGCCCGCGUCGCCCGCCACCAUGUUCACGGUGCCGUCCUCGCCCCCGGUCACCAGGUACUGGUUGAAGGCGGACACGCCGGUACAGGCCGACCGCACCCCGCCGUUCGUGUGCAGAUCGUGCAGGUUAUAAGGAAAUUAAGGGCGCAUCUUUCCGGCCGAACGGGCUACACCGCACCACUCAGUUUGCAUCGGAUCGUGAAGUGGUGCAGUUUAGAAAGCGACAUGAAUCGUUGCUGGCAAUGGUGUGCCGUGUUGGUGUUGGUCUAUGCUGCCCACUGCCAGGGCUACAUCACGACGGGCAUGCCGACGCUGAUUGAGCGGGAUCGGGACCCGGUCGCAUCGUUUCCGUACCCGCUGCGGCAGGCACUGGGGCAGCGUCCGUCGCCCCCACCGUACAACGGCACCGAGCAGGAGCCGGGCGACGAGCUCAAGUUUCCGGCAAACUUUCUGUUCGGUGCCGCCACCGCGGCGUACCAAAUCGAGGGCGCCUGGAACGUGGACGGCAAGGGCCCGAGCGUGUGGGACACGCUGACCCACACCCAUCCGGAGCUGGUAGUGGACGGGGCCACCGGUGACCGGGCGGCCGACUCGUACCGCCUCUACAGAAGCGACGUCGAGGCGCUGGAGAAGGUCGGGUUCAACUACUACCGCUUCUCGAUCGCCUGGUCCCGGCUGCUGCCGCGGGGCGACCGGUCCUCCCUCAACCAGGGUGCGGUCCGCUACUACAACGCGCUAAUCAACGCGCUGCUGGCGCACGGGAUCGAACCGGUCGUGACGAUGCUGCACUACGAUCUGCCCCAGUACCUGCAGAACCUGGGCGGGUUCGCGUCGCCACUGAUCGUGGACUACUUUCGCGAGUACGCCGACACCCUGUACUGGAAUUUCGGUGAUCGGGUGAAGGUUUGGAUCACGCACAACGAACCGUACGACUUUUGCGUGGAGGGAUACGGGACGGGCAGCACCGGGCCGCUCGUGUACGCGACCGGCGUCGGCGAAUAUCUGUGCGCCCAUCACGUGCUGCUGAGCCACGCGGCCGCCUACCAGCUGUACAAGGAGCGGUACCGGUCGCAGCAGCGGGGAAAGAUCGGCAUAACGCUCAGCGGACGUUACUACUAUCCUGCCACUAACGUCACGCCGUACGAUACCGUCGAGCGUGCCCUACUGUUUCAGAUCGGUUGGUUUGCCGAGCCACUGUUCGGCGAGGACGGCAACUAUCCCGCCGUGAUGGUGGACGAGAUCGGCAACAACAGUGCACUGGAGCGCCGGUCCCAUUCCCGCCUGCCCACCUUUACCAGCGCGGAGCGGCUGCUUGUCCGGGGCAGUGCGGACUUCUUCGCCUACAACUACUACUCCAGCCGGCUGGUCGAGCUGGACCGGGCGGAGUACAACACGGCGGAGCCGCCGGCCUGGCGCCGGGACGCGCGCAUCCUGCAGUCGGUCGACCCGGGCUGGAGCCGGGCCAAGUCCACCUGGCUGUACGUGGUGCCGGAGGGCCUGCGGGGCGUACUGAACUGGUUCCGGCGGCGCUACCGCAACCCGACCGUGCUCAUCACCGAGAACGGCUACUCGGACGACGGCCAGCUGGACGAUGCGGCCCGCAUCGACUACUACGCCCGGCACCUGGACGCGCUGCUGACGGCGGUCGUGGUGGACGGGUGCAAUGUGGCCGGCUUCACCGCCUGGAGCAUCAUCGACAACUUUGAAUGGUUGCGCGGGUACAGCGAAAAGUUUGGACUGUUCUACGUCAACUUCAGCGAUCCGCAGCUCCAGCGGGUGCCGAAAGCUUCGGCCGACUUUAUGCGGCGUGUCAUCAGCACCCGCACCAUUCCAGCGCACUAGCCAAAGGCCGGCUGAAGUAAUCUAACGGUUGGGCAAAUAAUUUGAAUAAUUAAACAUGACUUCAAUUUGGUGCUGCCGAUGGUACGGCACAAUACGCAAAUAAGUUAACUUUUUAGUAGAAUUAUGACGCUAUGCUGGGGCCAUGUGGUUUGGUGUGCGCAUAUUGAAGGAUUUAGGAAUAAUAGAAGAUUAAUAAAUGAUUCAGCUUUAAAUGCUCUGGAACAAGUA